UUGUUUUUGUUUUUUUAAAGCGUUUUCUACUCAAGUCUACUGCCCACUUUGGACAUGUACACAGAAGACUCAGAAACGACGGGACGCCACCGAUUCCUCAACUACAACAACAUCAACAACCCCUGCCCCUGCCGGCACUGCGUCUACUACGACCAGCUGCACGGGUGUCGGCAGACAGCGCCGGCCGGACAGACGGACCUCUCAUCGCAGGGCUGCUGGAGAGACACCCAGGCUCCUCGCGUCAAAGACGUAGGAGGCAGACCUUUCCUGGCGGACAGAGUUGAAAGACCCGGUCAUUUCAGCCCACAGAGGAGGCCUGUGUUUGCGGGGCCGGGCCCUUGCAGCCGUUCGGAUGACUUGAGUCAAGCCUGCCCCUGGGAGCUGAACCCUGCCCAGCGGGGCGACCCGGCGGAGCCUGGGGUGAGACACUAUUCGUUUAUGAGAGAACAGUGUGGCUGUGUGGCAGGCGGCGACAGAGCACGCCCCUUCCACUCUGGGAUACCCCACCCUCUCCCUCAUCUUCAGGUCAAAAGUCAAGGGUACAGGCGGAGGCGAACUGUCAGGUAUAUUUCGGUGGAUGAAGAGGAGAGCUGCGGGUGUGCGCCGAAUGGCUAUCAUUUGGAGCCGCACCAUCCCCAGCCGGGCAAUCCGCACAUGACAAAUGGUCACUGUGGACCCAGGCGGGUGGUCUUUGAGGGAGAGGAGGAAAAAGAUGGCUAUCUGGACCAGGGCAGGCCAAAGGGUGGAUCAGAGGAUCGCUUUAAUGGCAGCAGUGAGUCCGAUAAGGGCUUCUUUUCCACCGAGGUCCCUCAAAGGCACUUGAGCCAGAGAAGGCGUAAGGGAGCCGACAUCACCUGCUCGGAAACUUCCAAGACGAAAACCGACAGCAACCCACGCGGCGAGGCGUCGGAUGUGACGAGGCAAAGGGAGCGGCGGGACUCGGUGAGGGAUCAAAUCCGGCAAGUCGUGACAGAUCUGGAGGAAGUGUUGGGGGGUCUGAAGCAAGUUCACGUGGAAAUGAAAGAGGUGGUCGAGCAGAUUGAUCGCCUCACGGCAAAUAUCGACCUCGGCGAAGAGGAGCCGUGCAUCACUCAGGGGUCAUCCGACAGCCUUCGCGAAUCCCCCCCUUCAGGGGACUUCAGGCUGGCCCCUCUGCCCCCUCCCAAGCCCGCGUCGGUUCGGGCCUCGUCGCAGGGCGUCGACGAAGACCGCGUCGUCCUCAGAACCAACUCUGUCUCUCCCGUGCACACGGCGUCCGUCGUCAAGACCAGCCACUUCACGCCGCCCGGCUACGACAAAAGGGUCAGUCACAAAAAGCCGAGCGCCAACGGCCACCCGCCUCAGCUGUGCCCCUCAGGAGAGUCGAACCACAACGGUCCCGUUCGUCCAGAGCCCCACCCACACACCCUGGACCCUACAGUGGUCAUAGGCAGCAGCACGUCCAGUGCGAGGACUCAGAAGCCUCCACCGUACCCUCAAAAUGGUCGAUGUGGGAAGGGCCCAUACCCGCCGCUGAAGCCCGUCAGGACCCCUGCCUACCCUGCAAGAGGACGCCAGAGCACCAGCAUGGUGUGAAGGAGGAGGGGGUGGGGGGGAAACAGGAGGCCCAGCCGCAGAAAGUGGAGCUCAGAAAGGGACCAGGCAGGGGAACAAUUCAUAAUGCUGCUAAUGCCACUGGGACAAGCUGGUGGAAACAGAGCACGGCCUGAAGGUGGAGAUAUUUCCAAAGGGAAAACUCAUCAACCUGCUGCUGUGUCACAUGAGCACCGGGUGCUCUCAAACUCUCUCGAAAUUUAACCUGGAGAUGUACAACUAACACAAAGAGGAAUUCAACUGAAAAAAAGCUGUAUUUUCAUGAUAGAAUUUAUUUAUUUUAUUUUCAUUCCCAAAAUAUAUAUUUUUAUGCCCUUUCCAAAAAGGAUAUUGCUUAAACUAGAGCGUACUGUAUAAAUAAAUAUCAUAUAAGCUGUUCCAAAGCUAUUUUUUCUAUGAGAUGUUUUUUUUUUUUCUGCUACAGGUAUUGGAAGAGCGGAGACUGAAUUGCAACAAAAUGGGUUUUCCUGCACUUUUGCCAAACAAAUCAGUCAGACAUCUAACUGAGAUGCAUCAUUGAUUACUGAAUGUCUCGUUUUUGAAAAUGAAAUAAACAGACGACACCAGCAAAAUGUCA